GCUGAGGUGGCAUUGGUGGGCUACCAUCUAGGGGGCUCAACCGCGUAAGGAUGCAGGUCAAAUCUGAUUCUCAUACGUCCUAACGGUGGGUCUCUUGCAUGUAUAUGGGGGGCCAAGUCAUCGCCCAACAUCCACGCCCCUUUAGGAUCGGUCCUCAAACAGCUUACUUAUAUUUAAAGAGGCCCUAAGCCUUCUCCUCGAGGGUUCACGCACCAUAAUCAAGAUGAAUAUCUUAACUCAUGUUGUAUCCCACAUUGCAUUGCUAUGCCUCCUAGCCCCGCAUGCCUCCUCCUACCGCAUCAUCGAGUAUCAAGACAAGGAAUGCGACAGCACACCAUUAGCCACUCAUCACACAAACCACCCUAACUCUUGCGAGAAGUUCCAAACUGGCAUCACACAAUCAACGCGCAUGGAAAAGGAGAACCCCCACGACGAUCGAUACGAGAUUGCCCUGUAUAGCUCCGAUUCCUGCGAUGGCGAGGUCAUCCGAGUAAUCCACAGAUCGGAGGGAUGUCUACCUGCGCACAUGCUCGGGUUUACCGAAGCCAAGUCCUUCCGCCUCGUUCCAGCAACGCUGAAGGUAUCCAAGCGUAGCGGUGUUGUGGCGGAUGCCGAUGUCAAAGACCACGGAGAACAUGAAGAUAUCAAACCACUUAUUCCUCGGGCUUACUAUAUUAGCGCCAAAGUCGGUGACAAGGAUGAAAAUGGGCUUCUUCGUAAUGGGUGGUCGGCUGAGUAUAGUAUGUCUGCUUGCCAACAGACCGGUGGUGAAAGCAACCAUUUGUCGAAGACGUUCCGUACUGGUGUAGAUGACUUUGCUCGAGCUCUGAGAUCUGGCUUCUCUGCCGCUAGGGAUUACGUUGCUCCCUUGUUCUUGAGAGCUCAGCAGAGGGAGGGUCAUGCAAGGCAAGAAUCUAGUGCUGUUGUGGUAGAUAGAUUGGAAGAGCAGUUGCAUGUUGGGAAGGAGUACGCUGAUAGUGUGAUGGAGUUCUGCGCUCGUAAUCGGGAGUGUUUCUCUUUCGCUGCGCAGCUUUAUGCGAAGGAGAACGCUGGUAAGGAAGGUUCUUCCGUCCCUUGAGUGUCCUCAGGGUAGGAUGGCCUAUGAUCUUUCAUUAAUGUCGGAGGAGAUUCAGUUCUUUGAAGUGAAAGCAAUUUGUGACGAUGAAAGACAAACAACAUUGCGGAAUAACUUCAUUUUUAUCGAUCAUUCAGACCCGU